UGAAAGGAAAAAUGGCAAGCCUAGCUUAUAUAUAGGGUCUCUCAUCUCACUCUCAAACUCACUCUCAAAUUUCUCUGGAUUCACAGCAUAAUCGUAGUGGGAGUACGUAGUAAAGAUGUGGCGUCUGCCUGCUGCCAUGUUGACGAGCGAGCAAAGGAAGUUAAGGAGGCGCGCGCGAGCAGUUUCUUCUUCUAUUCUUUCUUGACUAGAUAUAUACUAUGUUAUGUGUAUAUAUAAAUAUAGAUAGAUCUGCGUGCGCUGGUUAAUUAAUUAGUGGAGUCGUUUAGUGCAGUGCUCUGCUUUCAUCUUCUCCCCCGGUGUGGCCGGGUUGCAAUUGUCUCCGUGCCGCCCUCCAUCAUCCAUCAUCCAUGCAUAUAAAUUAUUCAGUUCCAACCUACUAGCUUGGUUACUUGAAGCAAAGCAAGCAACCUAGCUCUACCAUCCAUCCAAUCCAUCCAUGAAGAAGAGCUUGGAGGAGCAGCGCGACGAGGAGGAGGGGGCGGCGUUGGUGCCGCAACAUGAACAUCGUCAGACGAUAUCUUCGCCUUCGCCGCCUCAUCAGGAUCCAGAGCAGAGCGGUGACGACGACGACGACGAUGCUCAUCAUCAUCAUCUGGUGGCGGCGCCGGCGUGGUGGAGGCGGCGGGCGCAGAAGCUGGUGCCCACCAGAGGCGUGGGCCUGGUCAUGGCCGGUCUCCUGGUGCUUGCCUUGCUCGUCGGCAGCGGCAGCACCAGCCGCUGGAUCCACCUCGACGGCUAUGCAUCGUUGCAGUCGUUUCUGCUCGGCAGCGGCGGCGGCAUGAAACAGCACCGGUGGCUUCCUCACCACGUCCCCUCGCCUGAAGCGGACCUCGUGCCCAUACCCUUCAGCUGCGGCAACGGCACUGGGUCGCCGGGGACAUGCCGCCGCCGCCGUGACACGACGACGACGACAGUACAAUCAUCCCCCUCUCCGUCGCCGUCGUCAAUGCCACCAGUGGCGUCGUCGUCCAAAGUUAAAUCAGCAUCGAAGAAAUUAGCCCCACCUCCUCCUCCUGAGUGCCCGGAGUACUUCCGGUACAUCCACUCGGACCUGUCGCCGUGGCGCGAGACGGGGAUCACGCGGGAGGCCGUGGAGCGGGGGCGUCACCGGGCGGCGUUCCGGCUGGUGGUGGUGGACGGCCGCGCGUACGUGGAGACGUACCACCGCGUGUUCCAGACGCGUGACACCUUCACGCAGUGGGGCAUCGCGCAGCUGCUGGCGCGCUACCCCGGCCGCGUCCCGGACCUGGACCUCAUGUUCAACUGCGAGGACAUGCCCGAGGUGCGCGCCGCCGACUUCGCCGCCGCGCCGUCGCAGGCGCCGCCGCUGUUCCGCUACUGCAAGGACGACUCGACGCUGGACAUCGUGUUCCCGGACUGGUCCUUCUGGGGGUGGCCCGAGGUGAACAUCCGUCCCUGGGCGCCGCUGCUGGAGGAGAUGGCGGCAGAGACGGCGCGCCUGCCGUGGGCGGAGCGGGAGCCGUACGCGUACUGGAAGGGCAACCCCGGCGUGUCCGGCGAGCGCGGCGACCUGCUCCGGUGCAACGACUCGUCGGGGGAGUGGAGGACGCGCGUGUUCUGGCAGGACUGGGGCGCCGCCAUCCGAGACGGCUUCCGGAACUCCAACCUGGCGAAGCAGUGCCGGUACCGGUACAAGAUCUUCGUGCGGGGGCGGUCGUGGUCGGUGAGCCAGAAGUACAUCCUCGCCUGCGACUCGCCGGUGCUGCUCGUCGCCACCCCCUUCAAGGACUUCUUCUCCCGGGGCCUCGUCGCCGGUAAGCACUACUGGCCAAUCGACCCCGGCGCCGGCAAGUGCGCCGGCAUCAAGUUCGCCGUGGACUGGGGCAACGCGCACCCGGAGCAGGCGCGCCGGAUGGCCGAGGAAGGCAGCGGAUUCGCGCGCCACGACCUCAGCAUGGACUACGUCUACGACUACAUGCUGCACCUGCUCACCCAGUACGCCGCCCUGCUCCGCUACAAGCCCACCGUGCCGGAGAACGCCGUCGAGCUGUGCGCCGAGACCGUCGCCUGCCCCGCCGCCAAGAACAACAACAACAGGGAAUUCGACUUCAUGAUGGAGUCCAGGGAGAGGUUCGUCGCCGACUACCAGCCCUGCACGCUGCCGCCGCCCUUCACCGACGAUGACAUCAGGGAGAUGGCGCGAAGAGACCAGGAGGUGCGCGCCAACGUGCACAAGUUGAUGACCACCAUGACUCCAUGACACGACGACGGACGAUCAGGGAUAGCUACCAGACGCCGUCCUUAACUCCUUACUAUACGAUACGCUACGAGUCCACGUACGUCAGCAAGCGUCGUCCGAGCUCCACGUAUACUUUUGGAUAUAUAAUUCUUUAUUUAGCGUAUAUAUGAGACUGUUACACCAAUGGCCCAUUGCAUGGGACUGGGAAACAAAAUAUUUUUAUACACCCAAUACUAUUGUAAAAAAUAAUUAAUCUUGUAAUCUUACAACACAUUGGCUGAGUUAUAUUGUUUUCAACAUGUAACUGUAUUAAUAAAAGGUUAACUUUUCAA